AUUCAUUCAUUCCCGCGACGCGGGUGCGGUGCGGGCCUCCCUGCACUGCCGCAGCCGCCAGCUCCUCCACCCUGGCUGCCGAGAGCCCUUCUGCCAUCUAAUGAUACACUCUGCGUAUGCUGCUGUUGAAAAUUUGUGGCUAGACAUUCCUGUGGGACCGGGAAUCCGAAUUCUUGGGUACAAACAGAAACUUACUUUCCUUGGGGAUUUUUUUUACUCGCUCACUCACACACUCUCGCGUUCUUUCCUUUUUUUCUUUUUCGUAGCAGUAGGGGGGGAAAGGACAAAACAAAAAACAAACAAAAACCAACACCCCCACCCAUUCACUUCUAAUUUCUAAAGUAGCUAGAAAAAAAAAAAAAAAACAGCCAACCAAGGCCAUCCAAUCCAACCUCCUCCCAAGGGCCGAAUUCUCGCCUUCCUCAGCGUGGGCCAUGGCUUCGAACAGCGUCUUCGAUUCCUUUCCGACCUACUCGCCGACCUUCAUCCGUGACCCGAGCACCAGCCGCCGCUUCACACCUCCCUCCACGGCCUUCCCCUGCGGCGGCGGCGGCGGCGGCGGCAAGAUGGGCGAAAACAGCGGCGCGCUGAGCGCGCAGGCGGCCGUGGGGCCCGGCGGGCGCGGCCGGCCCGAGGUGCGCUCGAUGGUGGACGUGCUGGCGGACCACGCGGGCGAGCUCGUGCGCACCGACAGCCCCAACUUCCUCUGCUCUGUGCUGCCCUCGCACUGGCGCUGCAACAAGACGCUGCCCGUCGCCUUCAAGGUGGUGGCACUGGGGGAUGUGCCAGAUGGAACUGUGGUGACUGUGAUGGCAGGCAAUGACGAGAACUAUUCUGCUGAGCUGCGCAAUGCCUCAGCCGUCAUGAAGAAUCAGGUGGCCAGGUUCAACGACCUUCGCUUUGUGGGCCGCAGCGGGCGAGGGAAGAGUUUCACACUGACCAUCACUGUGUUCACCAACCCCACCCAAGUGGCCACCUACCAUCGAGCCAUCAAAGUCACUGUGGAUGGACCCCGGGAGCCCAGACGGCACCGGCAGAAGAUAGAAGACCAGACCAAGGUGUUCCCAGACCGCUUUGGGGACCUGGAACGACUGCGCAUGCGGAUGACACCCAGCACGCCCAGCCCCCGGGGCUCACUCAGUACCACGAGCCACUUCAGCAGCCAGGCCCAGACCCCAAUCCAAGGCACCUCGGACCUGAAUCCUUUCUCUGAUCCCCGCCAGUUUGACCGCUCCUUCACCCUCACAGAGAGCCGCUUCCCUGACCCCAGGAUGCAUUACCCGGGCGCCAUGUCGGCUGCCUUCCCCUACAGCGCCACACCCUCGGGCACCAGCAUCGGCAGCCUCAGUGUGACGGGCAUGCCGGCCACCAGCCGCUUCCACCACACCUACCUCCCGCCGCCCUACCCUGGGGCCACGCAGAGCCAGAACGGGCCCUUCCAGGCCAACCCGGCACCCUACCACCUCUACUAUGGCGCUUCCUCAGGCUCCUACCAGUUCUCCAUGGUGGCUGGCGGGGGCAGUGGCGGCGGUGAGCGCUCACCCACCCGCAUGCUGACCUCCUGUCCCAGCAGUACCGUCUCUGUGGCCACCGGCAAUCUCAUGAACCCCAGCCUGGGCCAGGGUGAUGGCGUGGAGGCCGACGGCAGCCACAGCAACUCCCCCACAGCCCUGAGCACACCAGGCCGCAUGGACGAGGCCGUGUGGCGGCCCUACUGACCACCUGCCUGCUCACCCCAAGGAGAGGACCCAGUGCUCCAGCAGGGACUGGCCUGCUCGAGGCUCCAAGCAACAGUGGGGCUUUUGCUCUGGGCAUAGCCAGGGCCCCAGAGACCAGAGCUAUGGUGGCUCAGAGAGGACCCAUUCAGCCAUAUCUUUGUACAGAGGGGAUGCUGUCCCUAGCCGUUCCCAGUCAUCUCAACCUCCACUCCCAUGGGAAACUCCUGCCACCUCCCCUGAACCACCUCACUGCAGCUGGGCCCAGGGCCAUCUCUAUCAUGAAGAAAGGAUCUCGCCCUCAGGGUCAGCUCCAGCCCCAAGGAGGAGGUCCCGGACCACAGCCCUGUUUGCAUUAGCACCCACUGUCAGAACUGGAAAGCCCCCACCAGACAGCAGUGCCCUCGUGGAGAGGGGGCAGGACACUGCUGGCAGGAGGGAGGAGCAUGCACUCAAGCAGGCCUCCCGCUCUGCCCCCCACCCUCCAGCAGCUCGGAAGCCUCUGGCCCACCUCAGCCACCAUGCCCUGGCGCAGGCAACCCUGCACACACGUGUCCAGCCCGCGGCGUCCCCCCAGCCUCCUGGGGAGUCUCAUUGUUUCCAUCUGCUCAGAGCACCCAGGGCACUGAGGUGCAGCGUGGUGCAGUGAGGUUAUGGCCGGUGACCGAGAGAUGCUCUGUCCCACCUCGUGGGAUGCCCAGCCGACUCUUCAGUCCCAGCCGGCUCUUCAGCCCCAGCUGCAUCACACUCUUUAACCUGUUCACACUCCUGAACCAAAGUCUUCAGCAACAAAAAUCAGUUUUUAAAAGUAAUUUUAGAGAAAGCAGCUUCAGUUACACAUUUUUGAAUCCAAGCCCUCCAGCAGGUAGUGCUCUGGGCUUAUAAACCACACACACACACACACACACACACACACACACACACACACACGCCUCCUGUCCAUGUGAGGUUAUCAGGAUCCCAUCACCCUGUCACAUUCCUACCUCUGCCAGGGGACCAGGGACCUGUGGGGGAGGGGAGCAUUGAACCCCACGUCUGUGUUCUGAGACAAGGGGGCUGCUGGGCUGGGCGGGGUGUGGGAGAAGCACGGGCGUAUCACAGCCCCAGCCUCGGCUCAGGCCCCCUGUUCCAAAGCCAGAAGUUUCCCCUCAGGCUCGCAGAUGAUGGGAACCCCUGCAUCUUGCAGGUGGGAGCACAAGGGCCUUUGAGUCUGGGCUCUUGAGUGAAAAAGGAUGAGAAAACAUGGGUGGGACACCAUGUGAUGGCAUAACCUUCAGCCCCACCCUCUGUGGGUGUGGAAGCCCCCCCUGCAGUGCUCCUUCAUGGUGGUGUGCAUUGCCAGUCUGCCCCCAACUGCAGAACAGUUAGAUGUGCUCCCUGACAGGCUAGGAAGUUCUGCUGAUGCUACCCUGGUCCCUCCUGUCGCAGUUUCUCUUGCCCUGUUCUCUCUGAAAAACAGUAUUCAGCGGCAGCGGUGUCCUGCCAACUCCCUGCGCCCAGGGGCUACUCCGCCCCUUCUCAGGAAGCAGCUGCAAACCCACUACCCUUCCACUUGCACUUCCUGGCUAGCGGGGCCACGCCUGGGGCUCCCAGUGCGCAGUACUUAGUCGCCCCACCCAAGACAGCCCCUUCCUGAUGCCCAAACCCUGAGCAGGGCAGGACCAGAAACAAAUCAACCCCUGUCCUCUCUCCCCUAGCAAGCAGUGAUGGUGACCAGACAAGUCGGUUCAGGCCCACAGUGGGUAUGGACUUCUGGCUGGUGAGAAUGGUCCUGAUUUGCAAGGCUGCCACGCACACAUGCGCUGAUGUCAAAAGCACAAGGAAAGGAAAGCCUUUUGGUGCAAGGUUGGCAUAAGCAUGUUUUCAGUGGGUGUAGACCCUUUGUGACAUAUUGUCAUGCCGAGGUACGCAAAUCCACUGUACUCACAUCUUCCAGGAAAUCGUCCACACUGGGGGUGGGGGGCUGGAGCCGCUUUGCACUAUCGUUUGCUUAGUGUGUUUGUGUCUCAUGUACAACCCGCUUGUACAGUAAACUGUCUGUCUUCUGUACUAUUUAACUGUAAAAUGGAAUUUUGACUGGU